CUUUUCUUCUUGUUUCUCGCAGCAAUCAUGCUGAAACUGUUUGCACCCAAAAAGAAGAAAAAAUCUACACUCGAGAUGGUCCAUCAAAGCAAAAUCGACAAGGAUAUUCCACCUACCCUCUCCGUGGCUGCACCUCCCCCGCCUCCAAUUGAACCAUCGCCUGUCUUAUUUAUGCCGAAACCAAAACACGCUGUUGCGCCGACUAAAGAGGUACUAUCUCAGUCCUACGAGAACGAUAAAACUGAAUUGGAACUGUCUGAAGAAGAAGAAGAAGAAGAAAAGGCAGCAACAGCAGAGGAUGUUUCACCUAUUAUGCUGCCACAUCGUGUUCGAUUUACGUCCUCCUCGUCAUCCUCUCACGGGACCUCUCCUCCUCCUCUUCCCCUGAAUAAAGCACCGACCGGCAGUCCCACGGUAGUAAAUAAGCGUACUUCCAUUGCAACGAGUAGUGACGAUUCCCACCGGGUGUAUGAAUCAGCACUUCAAUCGCCAAUAUCUUCGCCACUUCAGGUCGCACAACAACAGCAACAGCAGCAACAACAACCGCAACCGCUACAUUUACCCAAUAACAGUAGCUGUACGUCUUUGGAGGACGUCGAAGUAUUGCAACGUCAAGUCCAGUACAUCCAACAGCUUUGUGAAAAGGAGCGCCAAGAGUGGAUGAAACGGGAGCAUGCCCAUCGAUUGCGAGAGAAAGAAAUGCUAGAAAAAAUCACCGAGACCCAGGAUCAGUUACGCCAAGCGCUGGAGCAGGUGCAACAGCAGCAACAGCAACAACAACAACAGCAACAUUUCCAUCCCCACCCUUCGCGUGACGACAGUGGAUAUAUAGAAUACGAAGAUGAUGAGCCAGACGACAUAGACGACGUAAUGGGGUACCAUUAUUAUCAUCGCCACCACCCACAAGUGCCCCGCGCACGAUCCAUGGAACGGCCCGGAAGUCGUCAACACGGUAACAGAAGAGGGACACGACGGAGAAGUGUUUCAGUAGAAAAACCAAGAGCAAUACCUCCCGACGAGUACAGAAUGCCACGCAGGAGCCGUAGUCGUGCGUCUUCGUACUAUGAAGAGGAGGAUGAGCGCGAUGCGUAUUUUUUGGGUGACGACGCAGUGGACGAUGGAUUCGAUGACAACGAGGAACAAGUAGAGGACUGGGAUUAUUAUCAACCAGGAACCACUCCCAAGAGUAGAGCGGCGCCACGGCCUAGGAUGAGCGAGUCCACACCAGCAGCAGUGCGUUAUUUGCGCCCGCGACGAUCCUAUAGACGCCCACCUGUGCAGUACCACCCUGCAUACUACCACCACUACUACCCUUAUGACCUGCAGUAAUUUUCCUAUUUCCUAUUUUGCUUUUUGUGUAUAAUUUUCGGUAUGGCAAUAGCCAAUCAGAACCAGGGAUCUAUGCCGCUGUGUCAUAGCCUGUCAAAUAAAAAAAGCCACGGUCCGUUCCGCAACCGCUA